CCGUUCUGAGCCGAGCAGGAGCCGGGCCGGGGCCGGGGCCGGGGCCGGGGCCGGGGCCGGGGCCGGCGCCAUUGCGCGGGCGCCGCAGGGAGAGCUUGGCGCGGGGCGGCGGGCCAGGGCAGGCCAUGCGGGCCGAGUGAGCCGGCGCCCGCAGCCCGCGGCGCGGCAUGGCUUCCCCGCGGAGCUCCGGGCAGCUCGGGCCGCCGCCGCCGUCGCCACCACCGCCGCCCGCGCGCCUGCUGCUGCUCCUGCUGCUGCCGCUCCUGCUGCUGCUGCUGGCGCCCGGGGCCUGGGGCUGGGCGCGGGGCGCCCCCCGGCCGCCGCCCAGCAGCCCGCCGCUCUCCAUCAUGGGCCUCAUGCCGCUCACCAAGGAGGUGGCCAAGGGCAGCAUCGGGCGCGGUGUGCUUCCCGCCGUGGAGCUGGCCAUCGAGCAGAUCCGCAACGAGUCGCUCCUGCGCCCCUACUUCCUUGACCUGCGGCUCUACGACACCGAGUGUGAUAAUGCGAAAGGAUUGAAAGCCUUCUACGAUGCAAUAAAAUACGGGCCAAACCACUUGAUGGUGUUUGGAGGCGUCUGUCCAUCUGUUACGUCCAUCAUCGCCGAGUCCCUCCAAGGCUGGAAUCUGGUGCAGCUUUCCUUUGCUGCCACCACGCCUGUUCUAGCCGAUAAGAAAAAAUACCCUUAUUUCUUUCGGACUGUCCCAUCAGAUAACGCGGUGAAUCCGGCCAUCCUGAAGCUGCUGAAGCACUACCAGUGGAAGCGGGUGGGCACGCUGACGCAGGACGUGCAGCGGUUCUCCGAGGUGAGGAAUGACCUGACUGGGGUCCUGUAUGGUGAAGACAUCGAGAUUUCAGAUACCGAGAGCUUCUCCAAUGAUCCCUGCACCAGUGUCAAAAAACUUAAGGGCAAUGACGUGCGGAUCAUCCUCGGCCAGUUUGACCAGCACAUGGCAGCUAAAGUGUUCUGCUGUGCAUAUGAGGAGAACAUGUAUGGCAGCAAAUACCAAUGGAUCAUCCCUGGCUGGUAUGAGUCUUCCUGGUGGGAGCAGGUACACACAGAAGCCAACUCAUCCCGUUGUCUCCGGAAGAAUCUACUUGCUGCCAUGGAGGGCUAUAUUGGUGUGGAUUUUGAGCCCCUGAGCUCCAAGCAGAUCAAGACCAUCUCAGGAAAGACUCCACAGCAGUAUGAGAGAGAAUACAACAACAAGCGAUCAGGCGUGGGACCCAGCAAGUUCCACGGCUACGCCUAUGAUGGCAUCUGGGUCAUCGCCAAGACCCUACAGAGGGCCAUGGAGACACUGCAUGCCAGCAGCCGGCACCAGCGGAUCCAGGACUUCAACUACACAGACCACACGCUGGGCAGGAUCAUCCUCAACGCCAUGAACGAGACCAACUUCUUUGGGGUCACGGGUCAAGUUGUAUUCCGGAAUGGGGAGAGAAUGGGAACCAUUAAAUUUACUCAAUUUCAAGACAGCAGAGAGGUGAAGGUGGGAGAAUACAACGCUGUGGCUGACACCCUGGAGAUCAUCAAUGACACCAUCAGAUUCCAAGGAUCUGAACCACCAAAAGACAAAACCAUCAUCUUGGAGCAGCUCCGUAAGAUCUCCCUACCUCUCUAUAGCAUCCUCUCUGCCCUCACCAUCCUGGGAAUGAUCAUGGCCAGUGCUUUUCUCUUCUUCAACAUCAAGAAUCGAAAUCAGAAGCUGAUAAAGAUGUCGAGCCCGUAUAUGAACAACCUUAUUAUCCUUGGAGGAAUGCUCUCCUAUGCAUCCAUAUUUCUCUUUGGCCUUGAUGGAUCCUUCGUCUCUGAAAAGACUUUUGAAACACUAUGCACUGUCAGGACCUGGAUUCUCACCGUGGGCUACACUACAGCCUUUGGGGCCAUGUUUGCAAAGACAUGGAGGGUCCAUGCCAUCUUCAAAAAUGUGAAAAUGAAGAAGAAGAUCAUCAAGGACCAGAAGCUGCUUGUGAUCGUGGGGGGAAUGCUGCUGAUCGACCUAUGCAUCCUGAUUUGCUGGCAGGCUGUGGACCCCCUGAGAAGGACGGUGGAGCAGUACAGCAUGGAGCCGGACCCAGCAGGACGGGACAUCUCCAUCCGCCCUCUCCUGGAGCACUGUGAGAACACCCACAUGACAAUCUGGCUCGGCAUCGUUUAUGCCUACAAGGGGCUUCUCAUGUUGUUCGGUUGUUUCUUAGCUUGGGAAACGCGCAAUGUCAGCAUCCCCGCGCUCAACGACAGCAAGUACAUCGGGAUGAGCGUCUACAACGUAGGGAUCAUGUGCAUCAUCGGGGCCGCCGUCUCCUUCCUGACCCGGGACCAGCCCAAUGUGCAGUUCUGCAUCGUGGCGCUGGUCAUCAUCUUCUGCAGCACCAUCACCCUCUGCCUGGUAUUUGUGCCAAAGCUCAUCACUCUCAGAACAAACCCAGAUGCAGCAACUCAGAACCGGCGAUUCCAAUUCACUCAGAAUCAGAAAAAAGAAGAUUCUAAAACGUCCACCUCGGUCACCAGCGUGAACCAAGCAAGCACAUCCCGCCUGGAGGGCCUACAGUCAGAAAACCACCGCCUGCGAAUGAAGAUCACAGAGCUGGAUAAAGACUUGGAAGAGGUCACCAUGCAGCUUCAGGACACUCCAGAAAAGACCACUUACAUUAAACAGAACCACUACCAGGAGCUCAAUGACAUCCUCAACCUGGGGAACUUCACCGAGAGCACAGAUGGGGGAAAGGCCAUUUUAAAAAAUCACCUCGAUCAGAAUCCCCAGCUACAGUGGAAUACAACAGAGCCCUCUCGAACAUGCAAAGAUCCUAUAGAAGAUAUAAACUCCCCAGAACACAUCCAGCGCCGGCUGUCCCUCCAGCUCCCCAUCCUCCACCACGCCUACCUCCCGUCCAUCGGAGGCGUGGACGCCAGCUGUGUCAGCCCCUGUGUCAGCCCCACCGCCAGCCCCCGCCACAGACACGUGCCACCCUCCUUCCGAGUCAUGGUCUCGGGCCUGUAAGGGUGGGAGGCCUGGGGCUGGGGCCUCCCCCAUGACAGAACCACACGGAGCAGAGGCAUCUGCUACGGGAACACUGUCGGCUCUGGCUGCGGAGAAGCUGGGCGCCACGCUGGCCUGACGGGACUGCUAGAUGGCACUCACGGGGACAGGACAGGGGCACUUGGCACAUGACCUCGCGCCUUAUUUGUGAAGUUUUUAUCCUUUCACAGAGAAGAGGGAUGGAAAUGAUUUCUUCCUUAAUAUCUGCAAACAGGAGGAACUGGGAUAUUUCAAACUU